AUGACCAUGGAGACAAAUCAACGCACUCUGACAAUCCCGUUCAUAUUAGCGAAAGAUCUGGAGAGAGUCAAACUUUCGAACAAGAUGGAGGUGUACGCGUACGUGUUCAUCUCCGGCGGUGGAAAGCAAAAGACGGCCGUGGACAGAGACAGUGACACGAACCCGACCUGGAACGGUCCUAUCACUUUCAACUUAGAUAUGGAGUCCGCGGUGGCCCAGAUCCUCGUGUUCGAGCUCAACUGCUAUGAUCAAAACGGCGGCGAUAAAGUCAUCGGAGAAGUGUUUGUGAAGGUUAAAGACCUGAUGGGCUCGAUCGAGGGUAGUCUGACCUUUCAUGUUCGAACCCCUUCUGGAAAUCCCAAGGGUGCGCUCAAUUUCAUGUAUGAGUGGGAAGUUCAGAAGGUUGCUGGAGCGGUGUUGUCUCCUCCGUCGCCUACUAUGGUGGCGAUGAGUAGCUUAACCACUUGUUAUCCUCCUCCAGUCAUGGGUCCACGGUCAUAUGGGGCAGCAGCAGCAGUAGCCGGGCAGUAUAAUUCACCUUAUCCUCCUCCAGCUAUGGUGAUGGGACAACCGCCACCGGGUUACGGGUAUGGGUAUGGCCUGUACCCUCUGGUGCAAGUGCAAGAACAGGCUGAGCCUGCAAAGAAGAAAAAAGGAGGAUGGUUUGGCCGAGUCUUGGCCGCGACGGCGAUUAGUGAUGUCCUCAAUAAUGUUUCACUACUAGACAAGGUUAUGAAAAACGGUUGUAGUCACUGUAACGGUAGCGGUGGCACGGUUGCGGUUGUGGGGUCAAAAAACUUUAUUGAUGUAAUGGAGUAUACAAAGUAUGAGGGUACAUCCAUAAAGAAGGGAAAGGAAAGAACAAGCAUCACAGGAUUACUCUUGAUCCCAUCAAAUUAG